AUGUCGGAGGGUCCCGACCUGGUCUGCAUCAAGGUGCCAAGAGCAUUAAGAUGUACACUUAAGCAGGAAAGGAUUUCGUAUACUCCGCCGGUGAGCCCAGUAGACGACUAUCCUUCCUCGUCACCCCUCCAUGUCCCGCUGCCCCGAGCCAUCAGGAUGGAGGAAGAGACCCUCAGGCUGCCAGCCCACCUGCGCUUGCAGCCCGUCUACUGGAGCAGAGAGGACGUGGCCCAUUGGCUAAAGUGGGCGGAGAAGGAGUUCUCCCUCAGGCCCAUUGACAGCAACACCUUUGAGAUGAACGGCAAGGCUCUGUUGCUACUCACCAAAGAGGACUUCCGAUACAGGUCUCCACAUUCUGGCGACGUGUUGUAUGAGCUUCUUCAGCACAUCUUGAAGCAAAGGAAUUCCCACAUGUUGUUUUCUCCUUUCUUUCACCCUGGGAAUUCUGUCCACGCUCCGCCAGAUGUCAUGCUGCAUCAGAACCACGAUGAAGACAACUUUAUCUCCAGAGCUUCAAGACACGCAGCAGACGCGGUCCAUCACAACCCACCUACCAUUGAACUCUUGCACCGCUCCAGAUCCCCCCUCAGCGCCAACCACAGGCCUUCACCGGAGUCUGAGCAGCGCUCCUUGAAGUCCCCCCUGGAGAACACUAUCCGUCGCCUCUCGCCGGCUGACCGGCUCUUGGGCACGCGGCAACACCAGGAGAACAACCACCACGAGUCUUACCCUCUCUCGGUUUCUCCGGCCGAGAGCAACCACUGCCCGACCCCUUCGGAAGUGCCUCAGAAGCCUUCCAGCCCUCGCCAGGAGAACACCAGGGUCAUCCAGUUGAUGCCCAGCCCAAUCAUGCACCCUUUGAUACUGAAUCCCCGGCACUCUGUUGACUUCAAAGCUUCGAGGUUGUCUGAAGAUGGGCUGCACAGGGAGGUGAAGCCCAUCAACUUGUCCCACCGUGAAGAGCUGGCCUUCAUGAACCACAUCAUGGUGUCCGUCUCGCCCCCUGAAGAGCACGCAAUGCCAAUUGGGAGAAUCGCAGACUGCAGACUCCUUUGGGAUUACGUCUAUCAGCUGCUCUCCGACAGCCGGUACGAAAAUUUCAUCCGAUGGGAGGACAGAGAAUCCAAAAUAUUUCGGAUAGUGGACCCCAAUGGGCUGGCCCGGCUAUGGGGAAACCAUAAGAACCGAACGAACAUGACCUAUGAGAAAAUGUCUCGUGCCCUGCGCCACUACUACAAACUGAAUAUUAUCAGAAAGGAGCCAGGACAAAGACUUUUGUUCAGGUUCAUGAAGACGCCAGAUGAAAUUAUGAGCGGCCGCACCGACCGCUUAGAACAUCUGGAAUCUCAGGAAUUGGACGAGCAGAUCUACCAGGAAGACGAGUGCUGAGGAUCCGAUCCACGUCCUUCACCGUAGUCCAUGGAGGAACCGUCUCUGGAGAUCCGUCGGGAUGGGGACUUGGCAUUGAUCUGGGACCGGCCGGACCUGCAGGCACCUUAGCGAGGAAAGAGAUUGGCAGGGGU